AUGUGUCAAGACGAAAUCACAAUUAACGGAUGGACGGCCGUACCCGUCAAUGCUGGCAAGAUCUUUGGCGACAAGCCGUUCUUGAACGAGCCCUCUCCCUUGAACAUCAAGGACAUCGGAUUUCCUUCCGACGACCCUGUGGUGGCACAGACAUUACAAUACGCCAAGGAGCGUCUGCAUGCAGAGACAUUCAACCACUCCAUGAGAGUCUUCUACUUUGGCAUGGCAAUUGUCAAACAACAAUUUCCCGAAAAGGCAGCUGUCCUCUCCCCAUCAACGUGGGCACUUACCUGCCUCCUCCAUGACCUUGGCACAGCCGCCGAGAACCUCACGGCCACCCGCAUGUCAUUCGACAUUUACGGCGGCUUCAAGGCCCUUUUAGCGCUCAAGGACCACGGUGCGACCUCCGACCAGGCUGAGGCUGUUGCCGAGGCCAUCGUCCGUCAUCAGGACAUGGGAGUUGACGGCACUAUCACGUUCUUGGGGCAGAUGAUCCAGCUGGCGACGCUUUAUGAUAACGUGGGCCGUCACCCUUACGUCAAAGACUUUGACAAGAUUAUCCACGAGACGACACGGAGGAAGGUUAACGAGACACACCCGAGGCUGCAGUGGUGUUCGUUUUUCGCGAACACUGUUAGGAAGGAGGAGGGGCUGAAGCCGUGGUGUCAUUCUACGCAUAUUGUCAACUUUGACAAGGAUAUCGAGAGCAACACGCUCAUGAGGGAGUGGGAGUAA